AUGAGAGGACAGGUCCCCAGGGGCCGCGUCCGCGGCCUGCCCACGACCUCCGGGGGCAAGCGCUUCCAGCUCUGGGCCCUGGGACUCUUCUGCACGGAGCGCCACCUGGCCCAGCGCCUUAAGCACGACAGCUUCUACCCGUUUACCCAGCAGCAGCCCAAUGUGUUCGUGCUCGAGUACUACCUGGACACGCUGUGGAAGGGCGCUCUGCUCUUCGUCGUCUGCCUCGUCCUCGUCAGCUUCGGCCUCGGGAGCCAGGUGCUGCAGCAGGAGACGUGGGGCUUCCCCGCGUGCGGCGUGGUGGUUGGCCUGUGGCUCCUGAUCUCGUCCCUGCCGCGUCGCCGCCUGGUGCUGAACCACACGCGCGGCACCUACCACUUCUCCAUCCAGGGCCGCACCGUGUGCCAGGGGCCCAUGCACCUGGUCUACGUGCGCCUGGCGCUCAGCUCCGACGCCUACGGAAGGUGCUUCUUCCAGUUGGUUCUGUGCGGCCACCAGCUCGAGCCGCUGGUGCUGGUGCAGCUAUCCGAGCGUUACCAGCAGAUGGAAUACCUGGGCCGUCACAUUGCCCGGAAGCUCAACAUUAACUACUUUGACUGCUUGGCCACCUCGUACAGGCACGUUGUCCGCCACUGGCCGCUGGGGGCCACGUUCAGCCCCGGCAUCCCGCAGCGCAAGCCGGGCACUUACAAGAGACGGAGCUUCCAGUCCUACCUGGAUGAAAACACCCUCUUGGGCGAGGCGGCUACAUUGUCCAUGUGCUGCCAGAAGCCAGCACACCCCUCGUCCCCAUCGUCACAGACCUCCUCCUGGUGGUCAGGUCGCUCCUCCUCGGGCCUCUCGGUCCUGGACACAAGGAGCCAGAGCGUCCUGGGAGCAGCCGUGGCCGUCAGCGCAGCGGGACCGUCGCUGGCGGAAGCCGUCAGCCUCAGGGACGGAGCCCAGACCCUCAGGAGCUCACUGUGGGGAGUCCCAGCCGCCGUGAGCCAUCCGCUGUGCCAACCGCCCACACCAGCCCUUGCUGUGGGCACCGCCCCGUCGCUGCGCCACGUCCGAAUUCCUGGUGGCCUCAACCUCUCGUGA